AUGAAAGAGGAACAUGAAGACAAAACAGCCUUCCGUACAGAUAAAGGUAUCAUUUGCUAUACGAAAAUGCCUUUUGGUCUCCGCAACGCAGGGGCUACUUACCAGCGCGUGAUGGAUAGAGUCUUUGGGGAAGACAUUGGUAAAACAGUGGAAGUUUACAUGGAUGACCUUGUCAUCAUGAGCCAAGAAGAAGAGACCAUGCUCGCGAACAUUCAGUGCACGUUUGAUUCUUUGCGCAACGUCAAUUUAAAACUUAACCCAACAAAAUGCUCCUUUGGAAUGGAGGAGGGUAAGUUUCUAGGGUUCAUAGUAACCAGAGACGGUUUCAAGGUCAAUCCGGAGAAAGUACAGGCCAUCCAACUAAUGCCGUCACCAGCGACAGUUAAAGAGAUGCACCGACUUGCGGGACGAUUAGCAGCCUUGAACAGAUUCUUAGCAAACCACGCGGCGAAAUCUUAUCCGUUCAUUAGCACGUUGCACAAUUGCGCCAAAAAGAGCCAUUUUCAGUGGACACCAGAAGCGGAGAUAGCCUUCAAACAAAUGAAGGAAUGUCUAAUCCAGUUACCAACUUUAACAGCGCCAAGAGAGGAAGAACCGCUAAUCUUAUAUCUGUCAGCAGCAGAAGUAGCGGUUGGGGCAGUGUUAAUGGUAGAAAGAGAUGGCGUCCAAACUCCGAUAUACUACAUUAGUAAAAUGUUAACCGGCCCAGAGACACGCUACUCGAUAAUAGAAAAACUAGUCCUCGCACUGGUACACGCAUCACGAAGACUACGCCGGUAUUUCUCUGGUCAUGUUAUUACAGUACUCACUAAUUAUCAUCUAGGCCAGAUACUGUCUAAACCUGAUGUCGCGGGACGAUUGGCCAAAUGGUCCAUCGAUCUAGGAGGAUACAAUAUCCUAUACAAACCCCAACCAGCAAUCAAAGGACAAGUAUUAGCAGACUUCGCCACUGAAGUCCCCAUAGACAAAAUACAAGAAUGCGAGGCAAUCCAAAACCCUAUUCCAGUCUUCGACGAUAGGGUUUGGACCUUGCACACAGACAGAGCUUCCAACGACGACGGUGCAGGCGCAGGUCUUCAAUUGGUUAGCCCAGACGAUCACGAGCUCACAUACGCAAUACGCUUAGACUUCAAGAGUACAAAUAACGAGGCAGAAUACGAAGCAUUUCUUGCAGGCCUCCGUUUGGCACUUAAAAUCGAAGCAAAAAACCUCGAAGCUCACGUCGAUUCAAAGCUAGUGGCUGAACAAGUUAAUGGUCAUUACGACGCUAAGGGCGAAGCCAUGGCUUUAUAUCUGGAGCAAGCACGAAUGCUUAUCAGCCAGUUCCAAACAUUCAAGAUAGUUCAUAUAAACAGAAGUGAAAAUAAACAUGCGGACGCACUGAGCAAACUGGCCGCCACCAGUUUCAAACAUCUAGCAAAGAAAGUACGUAUCAAGCAUGGCAAACUUCCAGAAGGAAAAGCGGAAGCUAGGAAGAUCCAGAACAAAGUGCUGAACUACGAAAUGGUAGACGGUAUCUUAUACCGGAAAUCAUUUAUGGGUCCGCUCCUACGUUGUGUCGAUAAAACAGAUGCGCAGUACUUAGUCAGAGAAAUCCACGAAGGAUUAUGUGGGAUACACGCCGGACCGCGCAUGGUAGUGGCAAAGAUAAUGAAUGCAGGCUAUUAUUGUCCAGGGAUGCAUGUGGAUGUAGUGGAAUUAUUGCGCAAAUGCACAGCAUGCCAGCGUCACGCGCCGAAAACUCUCCAUCCAAAAAAUCCUCUAGUUCCGGUCACCUCGGCUUGGCCCUUCCAACAAUGGAGUAUUUACCUCGUCGGUCCUUUUCCCGACGCGCCAGGCGCAUUUAAAUUCAUUGUUCUGGCAGUUGACUACUACACCAAAUUCGGGUUGCCAUUACGCAUCAUUUCAGAUAACGGCACAAAUUUUGCCUCGGAAGACUUCCAGAAGUGGUUCAAAAAAAUGAAAAUCGAGCACAGCUUUGCUUCUGUGGCGCACCCACAGGCAAAUGGGCAGGAUGAAAGUGUCAAAAAGCAAAUAGUUGAUGGCAUCAAGGCAAGGUUGGGCACUGCGCGAAGAGGAUGGGUGGAUGAGCUCCCUAGCAUCUUAUGGGCUCAUCGCACCAUGCCAAAAACCAGUACAGGGGAAACUCCAUUUAGCCUAGUAUAUGGUUCGGAGGCAGUAAUCCCAGCAAAAAUCAGCCUUCCGUCACCACGCAUGCUUGCCAUGGAAAAACAAGAUAAUGAAAAAGAAUGA